UGCAUCAAGGAAUCGCGUGUGGCGUGAGAAGUCAAAAACGAGCACGGUGGCGAGUCGCGUUUGUGAAUUCGCCUCUCGAAAAUUUCACGGCCAAAGCCCGCGCGCCCUCUCCUGCAGGCUGCAACCUCAUCAUGUUUGUAUUUGAGUGACAGCUUCAACUUCAAUUCUUCAGCCCCAAAUAAUCUGGUUUAGAUUCACCGUUCAUAAAGGAGUUUCUACGGGGAGUUCUUCAGAUUGAUUGCUAGCUUUUGCCUUCAAUUGAAAAUGAAAAUCAACAUCGAUAGGGAGGCACGAAAAGUUGCGGUUGAUAAUCGAAUUCCUCUCCGGAAUUACUUUCGGAUCGCCGAUAAUCUCUUAAAACAGGCUGAUAUUUAUCGGGAGGAGAAUAAUGUUGUGGAUUUGUUCAUUAUACUUCUUAGGUUUUCAAGCUUGGUUUCCGAAACCAUACCACGGCAUCGUGAUUACCAGGCUUUUUUCCCAAAGGAGAAGAUUUUUUAUAAAAAGAAACUGCUGAGUGUAGUAGAUGAACUUGAGUCCUUGAAACCUGAAUUUGAUCGCCGAGUAAAUGAACUGGAGAAAGUGUCUGGACGGCCUCGUCUUCCUCCAUCCGAUGAGCAGGGAGGAGUUUCAAACAGUCUGCGUCCGUCUUCUAUGAUACAGCCCUAUGCAAAUGGAAACUAUUCAUUGGUCUUGGAUCAAAAGCAGCAUGCCAAUUCACAGCCACAAUCUUCAUGGAGGUAUCAUGAUGGCCGAGGUCAAGUUUCUCAAUCAAGUUACUCAAGGAUUGAGAAUAGGUUAUCAAAUCUGUCUCUUAAUGUACCACUUCCUAAACCCGAAACUCUGUCUAGACACUCUAUUUUGGGACCUAGUGGUUUUCAGGGCCAAUGGAAGGGGCCAAGUACAGAUAAGAUUCACUAUCCAAGAAAUCAGGACUUUACUCCUUUAGAUUCAAGACUGAAUCAAAUUGAACAAUGUGAUCUAGUGGCGCAUAAAGAUAGUGGUCCAGGAGGUGUCAUGUCGAUGAUGGAAUCAGUGCUCUCACUAGAUGAUGGUAGAUGGCCUCAUCCUGCAGACAUUUCUAUUACUCCAUUGAUUACAGAAGUAAGGGAGGAUCCUUUCCCAUUGGUUAAACAACCUUCUCCUCCUCCUGUUCUUGCAAAGGUUCAGCAGGAAUAUGCGACAAUUCCCCCAUCUAAAGUUGCGGAUCCAAGGCCUGGAGUGGCAAAACAAUCGUUGGAUGAGUCUGAGUCGUUCCAACGUUUACACAUUCCAGUAAAAAUGCUGGAUGAUUUCUUGAGAUUGGCUCGAGAAAAUACAAAUAAGAAUCUGGAGACUUGUGGUGUUCUAGCUGGCUCUCUGAAAAACAGGGUUUUUUACAUAUCUACGCUCAUAAUCCCAAAGCAAGAAUCAACAUCAGAUUCCUGCCAGACGUUGAAUGAAGAGGAAAUAUUCGAGGUUCAAGACAGAUUAUCACUUUUUCCCCUUGGUUGGAUCCAUGUAAGCUUUCUGGCUCUCUAUGCAAUAGAUAGUUUAUGAUUACAGAAUUUGGGAACACAAAGCUUCGUAAGUAAUCUGCCUUUGUAUUUACUGUUCAUCAUAUUUUCUCCAUAGUCUCAAUAUGAAUACGGAUAGAACAGGACGAACAACCACGUAUAGACAAACAUAACUACCCUAGAGAUAAACGUAAAUCAACGGAGAUACCUACAAGAUAACUGUCUAUAACCACCCAUAACAGCUCAAAACCACCCGAAAUACUGACUUUUCUCACCCUUUCUAGUCUUCUUCACAAUCUUAUCCUCGUAGAAUAGUUGUGAUGGGCUUGAGGUCUAACGGACGCUGGUUUUGCUCCUCUCAUAGGAAUCAGUAGGAUACUCAUCUGAUUAUAUUGUGUGAUUUGUAUUUUAUAAUUCACCCUUUCAGUAGUCCGUCAUGUGAUUUGUAUUUUGUAUUUGUAUUUUAUGUGCAGAACUUCAAGGAAUAUGUAAACAGGGAGACAUCAGUUUGUAUUAAAAUUGUUAUCAUACACUAGCUUAUCGGAUUUUAUUUGGAUUGAGCAGUCCACUUACUUCUUACUAUCCUGAACAACCGUCCUUGCAUUGUGUUACUUAAGUUGACUUGCUCUGUAGAAAUGUCUUGAGAUAAAUGCUCUAAAUAAAACUGGAAUUUUUGUUCUUGAGAAUAUAGAAAUUUUCGGUUUUUAACGUUUCGAUUUGGUCGUAUUU